AUACUUUUCCCCGUAUACAUGUCAUUUAACGACUAAAUAUUUCCCAUGUUAUAACGUUGUCCGGUGAGCUAUAGUGAAAACUACCAGUCCCAGAAUGCAGUUCUAUACCUUACGUUUGGUGACAUAACACGUAGAGGCGGAGAAUGCAUAUUUUCGCAGCCUGUAUUUGAAUUGCUAAAUGUAUUUAUUUAUUUUAUUAGCACCUGUUCCUAGCGGCGCGUUAUCCGUAGUCACCUGUAUGAUGUAAUCACCCCGGAGACCGACUGACUAACCCCACGGACACUAUUACAAUCACGCACAGCCUCGUAGCCGCCACCGCACAAUAGACACGCAGAACAAUAGUUGCGCGUUUUCUUUUCUCUUCGUUAUGUUGUUCGUGUUUAUGCGAAGGUCUGCGCAGCGUUUGACUCGAGUGCUGGUGAAGCGCCGUGGUCUUCAGCUGACUUGUUCGGGGAUGUCGGGCAGUAAGGCGCUGGGAGGGGGCGCGAGGCGCAGGCGGACGCGGUGCCGGCGCUGCCAGGCUUGCAUGAGGACAGAGUGUGGAGAGUGCAACUUCUGUAAGGACAUGAAGAAGUUCGGAGGGCCCGGCCGGAUGAAGCAGUCCUGCCUCCUGAGACAGUGCACGGCGGUGGAGGAGGAGGAGGAUGGGUUGAAGAAACAGGAGCCGGUGUUGCCUCACACAGCCGUGUGUUUUGCAUGUGGGGAGGCGGGGAAGGAGGACACAGUGGACUCCGAGGAAGAGAAGUUCAGCCUUUGUCUGAUGGAAUGCACCAUCUGUAAUGAAAUCAUCCACCCCAGCUGUCUAAAGAUGGGAAAAGCUGAAGGAAUCAUCAAUGACGAAAUCCCAAACUGCUGGGAAUGUCCGAAGUGCCACAAGGAGGGCAAAACCAGUAAGGACCAGGCCGACGGUUCGGGGAAGCGCAGGAUGGACAACGGGGCAGUGGGCCGCUGGAAGCUCACAGAUGACCCUCCCCCUAAGAAGAAAGCUCCUCCGUCCCUUGAUGAUGGGGGGAGGACAGAGGGGGGGCACAAGAGGAAGAAGGAGAAGGACCUGCCUCAGGACAGUGGGGCCAAAAAGAAGAUGAAAGGGGGCCAUGAAAAACGUCUCAAGAAAAAACCCAAACAGGAGGUGGUGGAGUCGAACGGUCCUGCCUCAUCAGGAGGAGGUGCAGGAGGAUUACAGGGCUCCUCCACCUCUUCUCAGCCUGGAGGAGGCACAGGAGGGACAGCGAGUGCAGACCAGCGCUCCCAUCACAGGGAGAAACUGGAGCGCUUUAAGAGGAUGUGUCUGCUAGAGCGUCGGCCAGACUCCUCGUCGUCGUCGUCCUCCAGCUCAGAGUCAGACUCAGAGUCCGACUCUGACGACUCCUUGAGGGGGGAGCAGGGGGUAGAAGGCUCCUCACCCUCACCCUCACCCUCCUCUCCUGUCCCGCCUCCUCCUGUUGUUCAUGGCAGUAGCGGCGGGCGGGCAGAGAGAGAGAGGAGUCGCAGCGAGAGGGAGAGGGAGCGAGAGCGAGAGCGACGUCUGGCUGAGCUGGGCUUCAGUGCCAGUGAGGAGUCGGAAGGAGAGGGAGGUAGAGGAGAGGAUGAGGAGCGGGAGGAGGACCAAGGAGGGGCUGACAAGCCACAGCGGAGAGGGGGAGGAGAGGGAGCUUUGCCUCAACGAGGACGGAAAGGGUUGCUGGAUGGAGAAGAUGAGGACACCCCCACAUCGGAGAGGACCAGGAAAAAUUCAGCCUCCCUCCCUCCCCCGUCCCCCCUCUCCUCUAAUCAGAUGACCUCGUCCUCACAACACGACAGCUUCAUGCCGAAGCAGCGCAGCAAUGGGCAGGAUGCACGCAAUGGACGGACACGUGGGGGGGUUGGAGGCGAGAAGGAGAAUGCCAGUGGUGUACUGACCAAUCAUAGACACAGUGGGGGAGUGACCAAAAGCAGCGGAAAUCGUGGCAACAAGAUCCGUAGCAACACAAAGAACCCAGCAUCCAGGAACAACAGCUCCUUGUCUAACUCGUCCCUCCCCACUUCAAAUGGGGGAGGGGGCGCAGGUCCGGGAGGAGCUGGACUGAUGAUGUCCGCAAUGGCGGCAUCUCCGUGCUCGCAGCCAUCUCGUCUUGCUCCCCGUUCUCAAAUGAUGAAACGCAGCCCUCCGGCUGUACCCUCGCCCCCCCGACCCGUUCAGAUGGAGAGACACCUGGUGCGCCCCCCGCCUGCCUGUCCUGAACCCAGCUGUCUGCCUCUCGACUGUGGAUCCUCCCAUAUCAUGACCCGUGACGUGUGGCUUAGAGUCUUCACCUACUUGAGCCACCGUGAGCUGUGUGUCUGCAUGAGGGUGUGCCGCACUUGGAGCCGCUGGUGUUGUGAUAAACGGUUGUGGACUCGGAUUGAUCUCAGCCGGCAGCGCUCCAUCACACCUCCGAUGCUGAGUGGUAUCAUCCGCCGGCAGCCUGUUUCCCUCAACCUAGGAUUCACCAACAUAUCUAAGAAGCAGUUAAUGUGGCUAAUCAACCGCCUGCCAGGUCUGUUGGAGUUGAAUGUAUCCGGUUGCCCGUGGCUGGCGGUCUCUGCUUUGUGUCAGGCCGUCUGUCCCUGUUUGAAGUUGCUGGAUGUCAGCAGAGUAGAGGACCUUAAAGACUCGCACCUGAGGGAGCUGUUGGCCCCCCCGCCAGACACCAGGACAGCUCAUGGUGAAACCAAAGUGGGGCGUUUCCAGAACAUAUCAGAGCUGCGGUUGGCCGGUCUGGACCUGACAGAUGCGUCAUCCCGUUUGCUAGUGCGCUACGUUCCUCACCUUACUGCGUUGGACCUAAGUCACUGCGGGAACAUCACGGACCAGACAGUGCACACACUUACUUCCCCUGUCUCCCCCCUGAGAGAGGCCCUCACCCACAUCAACCUGGCAGGCUGUGCUAAGGUGACGGAGCAGUGCGUGUCUCUGCUGCGACGCUGCUCCUCCCUCCAGACGGUUGACCUGCGCUCGUGCUCUCUCCUUUCCUCUGAGCCGGACAGCUGCUCUCCUUCCCCUCCCACACCUCCACCACCUCCAUACCCCUUUCCUCUGCCACCACUACCACCUGCUCGGUUGCUGCUUCAUCCUCUUCCUCCUCAUGCCCUCCUGAAGACAGAACUCUGCUAAAGAACAGCUAAAGUCUGGUUCCACCUGUGAUACUUGGUCCAAAUUGCCUGCAAGCGCCACCUCUCAACACAUUACACUACAGACAGGUGAGGACGAGGCGCUCGGCACAUUCCUCCCAAUGUUGGAAAGAAAGAGGACGUUGAGCAGAGACAUAGGCUGGAAAACGUUGGUAAUAGUUAACAAACAUAGAAGCCCUGAGCAUGUACAUAUUUGGUGUGUGUGCGUGUGCGUGUGUGCGUGUGCGUGUGUGUGUAUAUAUGUAGUUUAAUGUAAAUGGUCCCUUCCUGGAACACACUCCUUAGCUUCUAUCAUUUCUUCUGUCCUUCCUUCCACCCUCUGACCACUCAUCAUCUGCUCAACAAGAAGCAAGUGAAAAUGGCGACGCUCAACGGAAGGCAGACAAUAUUUAGACUCUGGAGUUGUAGGAAUGUUGCCGCUGCUCUGAUGAAGCCAGCUAAAGACACUGACGUCACUCAGAUGAGGCUUCUUUUCUGUCUGUCUCCACCCUUUGACUGGGGACCUGUCACACUGUUAGUCCAUAGGCCUGACUGAACAGGGAGUGAGUAAAGCUCCAGCUCUACGAAUGUGUCCACACUCCUCUUCCAUCUUCAUACUGUCGCCACCUCUGUUCAGUAACCCGGCAUGUAAAUCUCUGACGUACGCGUGCCUGCUCCCAGUCUUUGUGCCGAGCUAGGCUGCGUGUUCCCGUCUGCGGCUGAAACUGUUCCUUCAGAUCAGAGACGACUCCUUCACACCUGGGCAGAGCCGCAGGUGAAGGCUUCGGGUUCCAGGUCCUUUCCUUCAUGUUCCCCCGUCAGCGCUGGGUGAAUUCGAACCUCAACGUCUUCAACGUUCGCCUCAGCCAAUCAUCUUUUUCCAUCAUCCGUGUGCCUGUGUUCAUCACAGAAGUGACGGAUCAUAUAUUUCUCAGGAGUAUUUUUCUUCCUUAAUUAACCAGAUGUUAAUUUAUUGUUUCAUCUUUGUUUGAUUUCCUUUUGUUCUGUUUGCAGCAUUGUUUCCUACUGGAGCCUGAUUCUGCCAUGAAAGUUAAUAUAAUGAGAAACUAAGUCAGAAUGUUUAGAUUUUCUGUCUCAUCCUACAUGGUACUGGUUCUUAACAUCAGAUACACUAGGUCCUGACCCAGUGUUGACUUAACAGCUCUUAGUUGUUUGUUGUUCACAUGAUUUUGUUGUCCAGAUGCUUUGUUCAAAUUUGUUGAGUUUUGACUUCUUGUUUUAGGUUAUUGAAUCAUCGUGACUUUUAUCGGAUUCCCCACUUGGUCGCCUUGAUUCGUCAGCGUACUUUCCUACUUCAUUAACUUAUUUCAAAUCUAAAUCAUGGAAAAGUGGUUUCGUUAAUAGAUGGAUCUAUAAGUCUGACUCAUUUUGACUUUGUUUCUUGCAGAUUCCAUACUCUGUUAUUCAGAAAUAUUCAAACACAAAGUUAACAAAGGUGAAACUGUGUGAUUAGAGAGCUGUGCUUUGGACUUACUGUGCCAUAAUCUCUUGGUUUUAAUUGAUGACUUCCCAUCUGUUGCUGUCUUUUCUGGCUGGACUGGGCUCCUGUAGCGUCAGAGGCUUCAUUUAUGUAAGUCUAUCUGCCAAAUUUAGACUUUAGUCUGUCAGGGUAAUUAUUAUAACAAAUGUGUCCAGAAUGAAUGGAUGUUUCAUAAAUGACACUGGGAUGUUGUGGAAGGUGAAGCCACAUGGUCUCUAGCUGUGAUGUUUAUUUUUGCUUGGUUUGAACUUGGCUGUCUGUUGCAGAUGGCAGCACUGAGGGUUGGGGGGGGGGAUCCAAACAUGUUCUUACAUUUUAUUUUGUAUUUCUAUAUUUUGAAAUGUACACGUUGAAUCAACUGACCAGACGCAUGACAGUCAAACUGUAAAAAUUCUACAGUUAUAGAAACCUAUUGGUCUGAUGGGUCAAAGUGUUUUGUUUGGUUCAUGUUGCAUUACCUGGCUUUGCAGCUGGCCUGACUUCUAGGCUAAAGCUGCUGAAACAUGGGGAGAAAGCAAAAAACUGUCUGAGAACAUGUUGGUUCCCUUCAGUGUGAGGAUGGGCAGGAGAACAGUCCACGAGGAGUCUCCUGAACCGUCCAUGCUGACUCUACAGCCGAGAUAAUGCGUCCGUGCGGCAUCACCUUCAUCGGCCAGUGUGCUUGAUGUUCCAGAACUGCUGCUGGCCAUGACAUCAAAAGUAUUAGUGAAUAAUGUUUAAGUUGCUGUGCCAUAAAAUCACCAGAUCACUGUUUUACAUUGUUUUAUUCUGAAUGGGUCCGGUUUUCUGCUUUUUUUUGUGGUCUAUUUGUUUUUUAUUUUGUGUGAGAGGGAUUGUGCUGUUAAUAGUGCUUCAAACCUACAAACAUGUGAGGAGAUCCUGAACCAGAUUGGACAGUAAUCCUGAAUCUAGAAAGCUCUUAUCCAAUCAGAUAACCUGACAUAUCUCUCUCUUUUUUUAUAUGCACUGAAUCAUCAUCAUCUUCACCUGUUGCCAAAUGUAGGCUCUGCUGUGAAAGGGGGCAUUUUAUUAGGGAUUUCUUUUUGGUUCUUUUUAUAUUUUGUCCAGGACACUUUGUUGUGUUGCUGGGGAAAGAUGAGGAAGAUGUUGGAACAAAUACUGAAGAGACAAAAAGACCAACUCAAGGCAGCUACUUAUGAGUGACUACUGUAAAAUGAUUAAUAAAUAAGCAAUGGGUUUGUUUUUA